UUCGAUGCUAUUAAUUGUCCCGCGAGUAACAAGGGGUUUUUGUGGAGUCGCACUUGUAGGACCGAGAGGCGGUCGAUGCCGGGCGGGGUUGUGCCAUACGGCCUCAGUGUGCCUCGCGUCCGCCCCCACGACGCUCGCCCGCGCCCGGUGCACUCGCCGCGACUCGCUGCGACUCCCCGCGACUCGCUCCGUCUCGCCCGACGCGCCCAGCAUCGCUCAGCCCGCCCGUCGCGGCAUGUAGGAAAAACGCUACAGAUCAGGUGGCGAUGACAAAACGGGGCAACUGAAAACACGAUGCUAAGCACAGGCUAUUAAUCAGACAUUGGGUGGUGAUGGUGCUACCACCAUGGGUAUGGCAUUUCUGGAUGACACUGCUCGUCUGUUCCACAAGAGAAGGAAGCGGUCAGGCCACGGACGUGGAGGUGAAGCUGACGGCACCGAAAUGGGUGGCGCGCGGCGGGUCGGCCACGCUCCGCUGUCUCCACCAGGUCCCGCCGCAGCUCCUCUACAAGGUGGAGUUCCUGCGCUCCGAGUCCAAGCUGCUCCAGUACGUCCGAGAGCGAGUGCCUCCAUUCACUAACUACACAUUCCCUGGGGGCCGGUUGAAUAUGUCUCUAUCGACGGAGGACUCAAUCACCAUCGACAACUUGGACCCGUCCGCCUCCGGCCUGUACUGGUGCGAGGUAUCCCUCGAGACGCCGAUCUUCACGGCCGCGUCACCGCCCCACGAGCUGACUGUCGUCUAUGCGCAGAAGCAUCCGCCGAUCAUAACGUUCGGGAAACCGGACGCGGUUGUGGGUGGACUGUUGCGGGCAAACUGCACCAGCGCGCCGGCGGCGCCCGCGCCCCGGCUCACUUGGUACAUUGAUAAUGAGAAGGUGGACGAAGAAUCUGUGCGUUAUUUCUCCUACCGGGUAUCCAGUUCCACUCGUACGAAAGGAGGAGGGGGCUACCGGCACAGAAAGCACCAGCACCGCUACAUCGCCCCGGAAUUCAACUACACCGCCAAGUACUGGGCGCUCGUGAGUGAGACCACCGCCGCGCCGGUGAUCAACCACACCAAGCACACCAAGUGCACGCUCAACGAACACAGCGAGGAUGCUGCCAAGAUCCGCGAGCGUCCUCGCGUACCUCCGGUGACGCCGAUCUCUCUGUGGGUGUCGGUGGCGGAGCUGCGCGCGCCGGCGCACGGCCGGCUGCAGCUCACGUGCACGGCCACUAUCCCGGACAAGAUCGGCCCGGACGAGCGUUACGCUGACAUCAAGAAACAAACCGUUACUGUUGCUGUAAAUGAGUUAAGUAUAAAGAGGCCACAUUCAGAUUCAAGCCAAGGUAAUUCAACGUCUACCUGCCUGCAGUAUUAUGGACCUCUUUGGUUCCUCAGCUGGAGUCUGCUAGUCAACCAAUAUUUCUCACCGUCAGCCCUAGGAACUAUUGAGCUUUAAAAUCGCAAACAUGUGUACCAAUUUAUCAUAAUUUGUUUUAAUCAAAGCGCAAGCGUUCAUCUGCUCCGCGGUAGCGCGUAGCAACUUAAUCUAAAGAAAACACUUAUCAACGAGCCGUGUACUUAAUUCAUCUCUUUUUGUAUUAGUUGUGUAAAAUGUGUGUAAUCUAUUUUUCGGUUUAUUUUAUGUUUCUUUACAAAUUUUUUUUGUCUGUUACCUUCCGUGAUUAUUUCUCACUUGAUGGUCUAAUCGGAAGAUCAGCGCUGGAAGUCGCCAGCAACAUGCUGAGAUGGGACCAUUUCGUGACACUUUAUUUUUCACUAUGUUUUUUCUAUGUAUGUCUGUUGUCUGUGUGUUUACGAAUAAAAAACUAUUCUAUUCUAUUCUAUUCUAUUCUAAAUUCUCUGCCAGCGCGGGCUACGCGCUACGAGCAUGACCGGUAACAUGGAAAAGCGCCUACGAACCAACAUACUUAGCGGGUGGCUGGUAGUGAAUGUGCUCCGCGCACGACAUGAAUUAAAUGGGUAACUCGGCUAUGUGACUUGAUAUUGUUUUUUUUUUUCGGUAUAUUAGUUAUUUUUCCCAUGACAAUACGAGUAUUAACUUUUAAACUAUAAUUAAUUUAUAUUUGCCCUCGUCUCACGUUCAAGGUAAAUGGUUGUCCUGUUAUUUUUUAAGUUCGUAUUCUGACUCAACAGUUGCCUACAUAGUUCACACGUUUUGCUUCUUUAAUAAUUGUUAUCAAAACAUUAUAAGAUUGAAUUGUUGUUGUUUUUUAAUACUUUUACGCCAUUAAGUACUUAAAAGUGUCUAGAGCUAAACUAGAGCUCAUAUUUUUAUUAGAUAUAAAGACGUCUACAUAUAUAAUUAAAUACAUACUAGUCAAUUAUUAUUUUACCUGAGCUUCUUACAAUGUAAGUCAAUUAUACGACUUUAUACUUGAUCUUAUUCUUCUCCGACAGGGUUACAUAAAACACAACUUUAAUAAUACUUAUAGAUGCAGUCUAUCCCCUAGAUAAAAAGCAUUUUAUGCCUUAGCAUGUUAGCAUCAUUCGUGUGUAUUUCGCAACUGGGUAACAUCAAAACUAUAAAGGUUUUACCUACCAAAUACGAGUAUAUAGCAUUCUAUUGGUAUCAUUGAAACUUCUGAAAUUAAUAGCUCAGUUAAAAAAAAUACCGUUACAUAAAAUUAAACACAUGGUUCUACCUACUAACUAUCACGCCAGUGUUAUUUUAAUCUAUUAAUAGAAUAAUACUACAUAUCAUUUCAUAAUUUAAAUGAUAUUGUGGAAACAAUAAUAAUGUCACCUAUUGAAUUAUUAUCUGAUUGAACACUUGAAAUAAUACAUUGAAUUCACAGUGAUAUUUUAUAAUCAAGUUAGUACUGGAUGCUCAUUGCUCAUAUGCAUAAUCUAGUUAAAUUCAUGAAAAUUAAGUGGUACGCAAGCGUGGUACGAUGCUAAUAAUAAUGCGACGGUACAAACCCAUCAUAAUACAUAAUAAAUUCAUGUGAAUACUUUUGGCUUGUAAGUAGAUAAAACCCAUUUAUUUUUCUAGACGGUUUAUAGCUUUAUUUUGAUCUGAAUGUAAAUGUACCUUAGUAUUUAUUUAGUACCUAGUUCUUUUAAAUUACUGAAAAUUAAUGUUUUUCUAAAAUACGUUUCUUUUCAUACCUUACGGUAAAUUGUAGGCUUUGAUCAGUUUGUAUUUAAAAAUAUAGUUAUUGAGAACCAGCAAACCCAAACCUUGCGUUGUUAAAAUAAGACAAUAAGGACAGAAAAUGUAAUGUUUGUCGCCAUUUAAACUGCCUCUCGGAUUAAAAGUAUUUAUGUAUAAAGUUAAAGCCAAAGUAUUGUACUUAAUAACAUAGGUAAUACAAUAGUUGCAUACAUUUAUGAGUAGGUACCUAGUAAAACCCUCAUUAUUAUAUCUAAAUGGUUGUUUUGUCCUGCACUAUUUAAUUAAAUGUAAACAAAACGGAAAAAGAAACAUCUACUUACACUUUACUGCAAAUUAAUCUCUUGAACCAAUUUUAAAAUUAUCAAUACAUUUAUGAUCACAGAAACAGAAAAUAAAGCAUCUCGAUCUCUAUUACAUAAUAAUCUAUUACAUAAUCCUGCCACACACACACACACACGCACACACACACAGAAGAGAACACUGAACAGAUUGCUUCUAUAGGGUUGUAAAGCUCUUAGAUUUAUCGAAUCGAAACUGUGUCCGAUACUGUUGCCCAAUAAUUUAUUUUAUGUAAUAAUUUAACGUUGUGAAAUGAUACUAACUGUAUAACUAUAAAAGUUUUAUAAUAAACUACGUUAGAUAUAUAAAAUAAAACUGCUUUAAAAUAAAUUGUUACGGAUGUAGCGCACAAAACUUGGGAACGUUCGUAUUUGUCAUGCUAGUUCAGUCAAUGUCAGUACUUUUACCGAGACUGACUGAAAUAGCAAGACACGUUCGUAAGUUUCCGUGAAAAUUCGAUGGAAAAUAAUUAUGCAAUACAUCUGUACUGCUUUAAAUGUUGUCCGAUUUCGUUGAUAAAAAUAAAUCGAUUCCCACUGUCGUUAAAGACAAUUCAUUGUACCUAACUAUUUCUUUGAGUGAUAUGUUUUUUUUAUUACAAAGUGAUAAUUUUUACCAUUUUAUGGUACAAUUAAGGACAUACAUACCUAUGUUUCAAUAGACCACCGUAAGUAAAGUUAUGCGUUAAACCGGAGGCACGCUAAUUAUAAUAAAUUUAUAUUCAAAAGAUUUUAGAUUACUUACAUUAUAAUUUUCAUACUUGGUAAAAUAUGAUAUGAAAUACCUAAGUAAUACUGUCAAUGUUUCAAAGUUUGAGUUUAUUCUUGCCAAGCAACUUGAAAAACAUAGGACUUCUUCCGAGUCUCGAGGACGAGAGUCUCGUAAUUAAUUUUGGAUGCCACGUAUCAUUAAUCAAAUCGUUGUCUGUAGAAAUCAGUAUAAUAUACAUCUCUUUGAUUCUUUACCUUUUUUAAGUACCUACCUAACGUUCUUACAUUUAGGUUGAAGUAACUAAUAUAAAGUGUUUCUAUAAUCCAUUUCAUUUUGUAUAAAAAAUAAAUCUGCUGGUAUCCACUAUCCAACGAUUCGUAUUUCUUAAAUAUUUCACUUCAUGGCUUUUUGUAAAUAUUUACUUAGGUACUUAUUCUCGCCAUCAGUCAUUAACAACUCCAGAAUAUUACGUGUUGGUAGGCAAAUUUAAAAGUGAGACAGUAUUUUAAGAGUUCAAUUAUUAUGUAUAGUCUGUGUAAUUCAGCAGAAUAUUUUCGAUAUGAUUAGAAUAAAACUGUGAAAACAGAUUUAUGUAUGUUAAAGUAAUCAUAUGAUAUUGCCAAAGAAGGGUUUGACUUUAAACAUGGCAUAUUCAGAGCUUUAGAUAUUUUGUUGCGGUCACUUGAGAUAAACCGUGUCAGAUUGAAAUCAAAUAUAAAACUAAGGCAUGAUUAUAAUAUUCGAUACUUUUAUUGUGACCCUAUAUUAAAACAAUUAAGGUGAAAGUAGAGGACCCGCGAGAAAUCGCAUUUUCAUACAAACGUAAUCUUCAUAUUCCUCUCUGGAUAUUAACAUUAUUGAAAAUAUUUUGACACAAUUUGUUAUACAUCAACCAUAGUUAGCUUUCCCCUUAACAUUAUUUAUCACUUAUUUCAAGUAAGAAAAUGCUUUGAGUUUAAAUUGAAUGCCCUGUGAAAAGUCAUUCUCGUCGAUUGGUGUUCAAAGUCUUCCUGCAGCUCUUUACACUGACUAUUGUAGAAAUUUAUUUGUUAGGCUAAAAGAUGUGAUAUGUUAGGAAAAUGUGUAUAUUUAACGCAAAUCGACAUAUUUAUUUUGAAAACAUUGAGCUAUUGUAUAGAUAAAUUAUAUUCAAAUUAUAUCAUAAUGUAUGUAGAUUAGACGUACUAUUUAGAAACUACGUCAACAGGUAGUACCUGUUAUCCAUUUUUGGGUCCCGUUAAGUUAAAAAAUGGUUAGGUACUAUACAUGUUCUAAUAAUUAAUUUAUAAAAAUACUGUACGUAAUUUUAAGUCAUUUGACAGAGCAGAUUAGUCAUUUAAUAGAUUAUUUUCAAAAUAUAUUAUAAAUGUUGAGAUGCUUGAGUCAUAUUUUAAAAUUGCUUACUAUCUGUACCUAAAUUUCUUCAUUAAGUACUUAAAUAAUGUAAAAUAAUAAAUAUGUUGUCUUGAUGUUGCCACACAGAUUCGUUGCAGUUAUGAAAAUGGGACCCUAAGUAUUUUGCGUAAUACAUUGAGAUUUAGAAACUUAAAUUAUAUAUUAAGGGCAAGAUAUUGAGAUUAAAUAAUGGCUGCCGAAGUCGAUGUUACAUUCCACAACUACAUCUAGUUAUUCUCAAUACUUGUCCUUAAUAAAAAAUAAAAUAAAUAUUGUACCUAGCCCCAGCCAACAGUAGGUAAUUUCCAUUUUGCCAUAAUAUUUGUUUUGGCGAGUCCUUAAAGUGCUACUGUAUACAUAUUAUUUACGAGAUGGAUGGACGUACAAUGUAAUUAAAAUAAAAAGCUUAUUAUGGCA